AAAAGUACAAAUGCCCCUACUCUGUCUAGUAAUAUUAUUUCUAGGAAUACAUCCUAUGGAUAUAUCCUUACACAUGAGAAAUGAUGUAUGUUCACAGUAAUUUAUUUCAGCAGCUUUUGAAAAAGGAAAGACUGGAAACAACCUACAUGACCAUCAAUGGGGUAAUUAUUAAUAAAUGAUGGCACAUAUAAACAAGUGGAUACUAAGCAAUUGUUUAAAAAAAGAAAAAAGAGCAAGAUCGAGGAAGCCCUUUAUGUACAAUCUCCAAAAUCAAUUGGUAGGAGGGAAAAAAGCAAGGUGCAGAAAUGUUACCAUUUGUGUAGGGGAGAAAAAAGCGAGGGUAAUAAAUAUCUGCGUGAUAUAUUUACAGAACCAUAUAUACUUAGAUAUGUCACGAAAAACAUUGGUUAUCAAAACCAGAUGGGGACAUUUCUUCUUUUUAAAUACUGAACCAUGUGAAUACAUUAUUCAUAUUACUUAAUAAUUAAACCGAAAAAAAGUCUUGAGAUGGAAAAAGUUUUCUAAAAAGAGCAAAGAAGCGGUGCUUGCGGGCCCCGCAACCCCAUCAGUUAAACGCACAGGAACCAGGUCCUCCACCCGCUAGGGCUGAGGGAAGCCCGGCCGCCGCCACCGAGGCGAGGCUUCCUAGAGUGGCCCGGAAGUGCCCGGCUGACAGGGGCAGGGCGCCGAUUGGUCGGUUUGAGUCGAGCCUUUUGUUUGGUGCUGCCCAAAGGACUCUAGCUUUCGCACCUGUUCCUCUCCGCUUGUGAGAUAGAGAUUAAUCGCCUGAAAAACUGCCCAGAAUGGCCACAGCCCUGGAACCUGAGGAACAAAAAGGACUUCUAAUAGUCAAGGCAGAAGACCCUUACUGGGGACAGCACUCCAUCUCACAAAAGUACAGUCCUCACAGAAGGGAGCUCUUCAGGCAGCACUUCAGGAAGCUCUGCUAUCAGGAUGCACCUGGCCCCCGUGAAGCUCUCACUCGGCUCCAGGAGCUUUGCCGCCAGUGGCUGAGGCCAGAAUACCACACCAAGGAGCAGAUUUUAGACCUGCUGGUGCUGGAACAAUUCCUGAGCAUUCUUCCUAGGGAACUGCAAGCAUGGGUGCAGGCGCACCAUCCAGAGACUGGAGAGGAGGCGGUGACUGUGCUGGAGGAUCUGGAGAGAGAGCUUGAUGAACCUCGAAAGCAGGUCCCAGCCAAUUCAGAAAGACAGGACACACUUUUGGACAAGUUGGCCCCCUUGGGAAGGCCACAUGAGUCACUGACUGUCCAGCUCCAUCCCAAGAAGACCCAGCAGGAGCAAGAAUCUGGGGCGCCCCAAAGGAAUGGUGAUGAAACCAAGACUAAGAAUGAAGAGUUGUCCCAAAAGGAAGAUAUGCUCAAAGACAUGGAAUUCCUUGGGAAGAUAAAUGACAGACUCAACAAAGACAUUUCUCAGUAUCCUGAAUCCAAAGAUGCUGUUGAAAGUGAGGGCAGAUUAGAGUGGCAACAGAGGGAAAGAAGACGCUAUAAAUGUGAUGACUGUGGGAAAAGUUUCAGUCAUAGCUCAGACCUUAGUAAACACAGGAGAACUCACACUGGAGAGAAGCCUUAUAAAUGUGAUGAAUGUGGAAAAGCCUUCAUUCAACGCUCACAUCUCAUUGGACAUCAUAGAGUACACACUGGAGUGAAACCUUUUAAAUGUAAAGAAUGUGGGAAAGAUUUUAGUGGGCGCACAGGUCUUAUUCAGCAUCAGAGAAUCCACACAGGUGAAAAACCCUAUGAAUGUAAUGAGUGUGGGAGGCCCUUCCGAGUAAGUUCAGCCCUUAUUAGACAUCAAAGAAUUCAUACAGCAAAUAAGCUCUACUAAUAUGGUGGAAAUAAGUUCUUUAGAUGCUCAGGCCUAAUUAGUUAUAAGAGAAUCUACCUUAGAGACCUUAUGAGUAUCCUGAAUGUAUGCAAAGCUUCAAUCAACAUUAAAAAUUUCUCUGGCACCAGAGAA